AAAUAUAAAAUUCAUGUUAGCUAUAAAAGUUUUACGAGUUAAAGCACAAGAAAAAGCGGCAAACAUUUUUAAAAAUCAAGUCGUGGUGUAUUCCUUUUGGAUGUGAUAAACGGUUUUUGUAUUAAAAUGUCUCAUGACCCUAAUAUCUCGCCUAAAAAAAUUAACAUGGAGAAAUUUUUUUCUACUGAAAAACCAAUAUUGAAAAAUGUGACUUUAAACCAAAAGUAUAAAUCGUUAUUAACUACACCAAAUGAUCCUGGAGUUGAUAAAAUGAUUGGGGGUGUGAAAGUGAACCUGCCAGUAAAUCCAUAUGGGAGUCAAAUAGCUUUAAUGUCAAUGGUCAUAAAAGCUAUCAACAAAGGUCAAAAUUGCUUGUUGGAAAGCCCAACUGGAUCUGGGAAAACAUUGGCGCUACUGUGUGCGUCAUUGGCUGCACAAAAACAUAAAAGAGACCAGGUACAGGCGAAACUCGCACAAGAUUACUUUGCAGAUCACCCUGAGUUGAGCUUGUUACAAGGCAAUUCAGAUCUCUCAAAAUGCAACAUUCCUGGCGAGGACUUCUUUAUCAAGGCUAACAAUGAUCUCACCAUAUACAGCAAGCCGUCGACCAGCGAAGAAAAAAUCUCGACCGUCAAACGACAGGAACCUUGCAACAGUCCUCCAGAUUGCGAGGCGGAUUCAACAAAACUAGUCAGCAUUCACAAGAAGCAGCGACUCGGUAGUCCCGGCAGGAUUGAACUGAAUCCCCAGACUCCGGUCACGCCGGAGAAGAAGUCACCAGCUUCCGAACCUACCACACCUCAGGAUAUACGAAAACUGUACUCGCUAGUCGACAACCUACGUGUAAGGACAUCCAUGGUCGUUGAUUGCAGCACACCGACCAUAUACUAUGGGGCGCGGACGCACAAGCAGAUCGAGCAGGUGGUGAAGGAGUUCAGUCGCACCGCGUACUGCAGACAGGCGACAAUGAGCGUGCUCUCCAGUAGGGACUAUAGCUGUAUACGGGAGUUCGAUAGGAAGCAGUGGGCGAGCAAGAACGAUAUGUGCAGAGGGUGUGUUAAGAGCUACGAAGGCGCAAAGCGAGGCUCGAGUAACUGCCAAUAUUACGACAAUAGAAAAGCGCUAAACUACAAGACAUUAGCCCCAGUUUUCGACUUGGAGGACUUGGUAAUGGCUGGGGAACAGUUGAAGGCGUGUCCGUACUACGCGGCAAGAGAAUUAGCCAAUGCAGCGAAUAUAGUCUUCUGUCCAUAUAAUUAUUUGAUUGAGCCCAGUAUCAGGGAGAGUAUGCAAAUAAACGUCACGGACAAUAUAAUAAUAAUAGACGAAGCGCAUAACAUUGAAGACGUGUGUCGGGAUGCGGCUACGUUCACAGUGAAACGGGCUCAAAUCGGGGCUGCUAUAUCCGAGUUGGAAAAGAUGGCGCAAUACAUGUACCAAGACUCAAUGGGCUACAUUGAGUAUUUGGCGAAGGUUCUCGCCAAUUGGGAUCAGUGGUUCGUCAAUCAAACACCGCUACUCGAUAAACAGGCGGAGUUUAACAACGAAGUUAUUCACGUGUGGACGGUGGAAAACUUCAUGGCGACGUUGGAUAACCAUAACAUUGGCAUGAAGCAAUACGGCGAGUUUCAAGUGCACGCUGAGAUGUUCUGCCGCCGUCUCCGCGAAGACCCGCGCGCCAUGUUGGGCGUGUCGCAGGCGACGGGUGUGCUUAUCGAAACCAUCGCUACGUUUUUGGGGUAUUUAUUCCGCGAUGGCGGCAAAUUCGCGGAUGACUUCGUGCCGGCGCUCGCGCGGGUCACCGGGGAUGAGAGCUCCAAUGUGUCCUGGAGAUCUCAGUAUAAUCAGGGCGCAGAAAGCGAGCUAGUGCUCCGGCUGCUGUGCAUGAACCCGGCGGUGGUGUUCGCGGCGCUGGCGCCGGCGCGCUGCGUCAUCCUCGCGUCGGGGACGCUCACGCCGCUCGCGAGCCUGCACUCCGAGCUGGGCGCCGCCUUCCCGCUGCAAGUCAGCCCCAACCACGUCAUACCCAGGGAGCGGGUCUGGAUAGGCACCAUACACGAGUGCCCGGACGGCACGGAUCUAGACUGCACGAGCCGCGCCAGCAACAAGCCGAGCACGCAGGACGCGCUGGGAGCUGUGCUGCUGCACGUGUGCCGCGUCACGCCGGCGGGCGUGCUGUGCUUCCUGCCCUCAUACAGAUUGAUGAAUGCGCUUAUAAAACGUUGGCGGGAAACUAAUGUUUGGGAUGAAUUGAAUACCCUGAAAAAUGUGUUCAGCGAAAGCAGAAAUGUUCGUGAUCACAAUGAAAUCAUGGAAGAUUACUACCACUGCACUACAACGCAGAAGGGCGCGGUACUGUUCGCGGUGUACCGCGGGAAGGUGUCCGAGGGAAUGGACUUCAAGGAUCAUCAGGCUAGAGCUGUUAUCAUAAUAGGUGUGCCAUUCCCGAAUAUGCACGAUGUAGCUGUGAAAGAAAAGAUAAAAUAUAAUGAUAAGUACACAAAAAGCAGGAAUUUACUGACAGGCAACGCGUGGCUUCAGGUGCAAGCAUAUAGGGCGCUGAACCAGGCGGUGGGGCGCUGCGUGCGGCACCGGCGCGACUGGGGCGCCGUGCUGCUGGCCGACGCGCGCUUCCGCCUGCCGCGCCACCACGACCACCUGGCCAAGUGGGUGCGCAACUAUAUGGGUAACAACCAUCACACGUACAAUACUCUGCGGCAUGGUGACAAUAAUUUAGAAUCCUUCAUGAAAGCCAUGACGUUACAAGACUUUGAAGAUACUAUGUGACAAAUGAAUCUAUUUUUGUGUUAUGUUAUAUUCUAUAAGGUUUUCUUUAUUUAUCAAAUACAUGUUAUACUUUUCGAAUAGUUU